AUGCAUGCCAAGUAUACAGGUGUAGACACCGAUAUCGACUUGCUGCCUCAUACCGUCAAGACUGCUUUGACGCCAGCUUUGGUGCGACUCAACCCGAUCAUCGCCGACGAAGUCGUCGAAGCUCUGCGAACAGAACUCCCUCAAUCAUGCGACUGGAACGAGGUCAAGAUCAUGGACAAGAUGAUGCGAGUCAUUGCCAUGGCCUCCGGACGCGUCUUUAUCGGACCGGAACUCUGCCGAAACGAAGAAUACCUAGACGCCGCGAUCAAUUACACCCUCGACCUGAUGAAGGCCGUUCGAAAGGUUGCGGAUAUUGCCCCUUGGCUGCGCCCCUUCUUGGCGGCGAGAACACCUGAGGUCAAGAAGGUCCACUUUCGAAUCGAGGAGGCGGACAAAUUCUUGAGGCCUGUGGUGACCGCAAGGAAGGAGGCGGAGAAGAGUCCUGAUUAUCAAAAGCCGGACGAUAUGCUGCAAUGGAUCAUGGAAUCGCAGAAGAAGUUCGGUGAGAAGAAUGAUAGAGAGCUUGCUAGGUACCAGCUGGGCAUCAGCUUCGCUGCUAUCCACACUACGACUGUCACCACGACCAACGCGUAA